AUGAAUUGUAUCCUAUUAACUUUGCUGAUGGUGACUGGUGUUGUUUCAUAUGUUAGUGAAGACAUGGAAGGGUUCAAUCCUCUUCUCCACUUAUUUUACCUGAGCUCCAGUUAUCAGUCCUGUGUGGGAACUUUGAUUGCCCCUCAGUGGGUGUUGACAGCAGCACACUGCUUUUUACCAGAUCUUCAGAUCAUCUUUUAUGGCAGCUUCACGAAUCUUCGAGACUUUACUGGGGAGAUCCUACCUUAUGAGAGGAUCUUCAUCCACCCAAACUUCACUGCUACCUCUCCUAAAGAUGACCUCAUGUUGAUAAAGCUGGCUAUACCUUUUACCUUCUUCUCCACAAGGCAUUUACAGUGGCCUACUUUCAAGAAUGCAGUUAAAGAUUGCUUGAUUCACACUUGGUUAGAGAAUAAAUACUUUAUUGGAAAUUCAAACAAUAAUCUUCAAAGCAUCACAAUUCAGAUGAGCUCUAAUAUAAACUGCAAAAAAUUAUUGGGUGAAAAACUCCUAGAAGACAUGUUUUGUAUAGGACCCACACUAGGAAGUCAAGAACCCUGCCAGGUGGUCACAGCUGCACCAGCCUUAUGUGGCCGUGAAUUACAAGGAAUUUUGUCUUGGGAAACUGGAUGUGUUCUAACAGGAUACACUGUUGUCUUCACUGACCUACACAGCUACGUUCCGUGGAUCAAGAACAUUAUGUCUACAAAAUAAGCUGAUAUAGAGCUCCAUUGACACACUUACCUCCCAGCUGAUCCACAGCAAUCAUGCUAUAUAUCUCAGUCCCAGUCUUUCAUAGGAUCUAGAUCUGACUGGAGUUUCAAAAGAGAUCGUUGAUGACUCCUGAGUGUUGGCAUGGCUCUAGUCUCUUUAACUGCUUCUUUGCUUAUUCCUAACUCAUGACUGAAUGUUUAAAAUAUUGAAAACAUGAGUGCUAGUCUCAAGAAUUGGAAUUCACUCAGGAAUCUUUGUUGGAUUCUACAAAACUCAAAUAUUUCUGUUAAAAUACUCUCUGCCUUAUCUUAAAAACACACAAAAAAAAACAAGUGGAACCGAGGGAAAAUAACUACCAGGGGUCUAUUUGGGCAAAGUGUAAAUCAUAUAGCUGAGCGAUAAUUUACCAAAAGUUGGUCAGAUGAUUAGCAAUUUUUCUAAUGACCAGAUGUCUCUUGGGUAAGUGUGUGUGUGUAUGUUUGUAUAUAUAUAUUGGUGGUUGUAGUUAGUUCC